AUGGCGCCUGAUGAUUACAUCCUCCAGAGGGGUUUGAACCUCUACUACCUCAACCACAUUCUGAAUGUCCCAAAGCAGAGUGUCUGCUGGAUUCAUUGGAGGAGCUCUGGAACUUUAGGUAACUCCAGCUCCCUAGAUGAGACCACCUAUGAAAGACUCGCAGAGGAGACGCUUGACUCUUUGGCCGAAUUUUUUGAGGACCUCGCAGAUAAGCCUUACACAUCGAAGGACUAUGAUGUCUCCUUUGGGAGUGGUGUGCUAACAAUCAAGCUGGGCGGAGCUCUAGGAACCUACGUGAUCAAUAAACAGACCCCAAACAAGCAGAUCUGGCUGUCUUCUCCCUCCAGUGGACCCAAGCGCUACGACUGGACGGGGAAGCACUGGGUCUAUUCCCACGACGGGAUGACCCUCCACGAGCUGCUGGCCCAGGAGCUGACCGAGGCCUUCAAAACCAAACUGGAUUUAUCCUCCUUGGCCUAUUCUGGAAAAGGCACUUGAUGGCCUGCCCUGCCUUACAGACAUUAAAACCUGUCACGCCAA